GGUUGCAUCGUGGAACAAUUUGAAGAGGCAGAGGCAUCUCCCUGUGAAGGCUUACCACAAAUAUUCAAGUCCGACUCUGCUAUUGAUCGGAGAGCAAUCCGACCGGGGUUGGAGGUGAAUUUGACUCGGAAUCGGGUGAAAGCCGUCUCUAUAAACUCUAGGCUUGUUAGGCCAAGCGCCCGAGCGGACAAGCCUGUCUACAUAGUUGCUCCCUCGUCAGCUAGAGUGCUAGUUCCACUAACAAGAGCUAGAGCGCUAGGCUGUCGCGAGUUACACGACGAUGGUGGCGGAGGAGCUCGUCCUGCUCGCGCGAGACGACAAGGCGGUGUCCCUUGCCGUAAUCCCGGGGACCACAACGCCGUCGCCCACCGCAUCCGAGGUGGAGGCGGCGGAGGCCACUUUCCGGCUCGUCGUCGAGCAGAGCUACCGCUGCGACGGCGCCGAUGAGGUGGACACGAUGGAGGACGUCGCAUGCCGCGUCCCCGUCGCCGAGCUCCGCGGCGCGGCGGCGGUCGACCGCGCGUUCGAUGAGCUGCUGGCCGGGCUCGACCACCCGACGCUGCGCCCCGAGGUCGUGCCGGAGGCCAGGAGAGCUGCGGAGCGCGUCCGGGCGAGGUGCGCGGAGGAAGGGGACCGGCUCGGCGGCGUCGAGUUCCGCCUCCGCGUCGUGUUCGUUGACUCGUUCGAUGAGGACGAGGAGCCCGAGCCGGAGCCGGACAGAGAGGAGACCGGCAGCGACCUGGAGCUCGACGAGGAGUCCUGGAGCCGCGGCAGGUCGGACGGCGGCGACUGCCGGCACGGGCACGACCCGACCGCCCUCUGCGACGACGAAGACGACGGCGGCGCCCAGUUCUCGGCGCGGACGUUCGGCGGCGCCCUCGCGCGGGCUGGCGGGCCGAGCGACGGCACGCUGCUGCUGUCGGGCUUCGAGGCGCGCGCCGACGGGCCCGAGCCGGGCGACCAGCACGAGCUCACGUCCCGGGACGUGCAGCGCCUCGUCCGCCUCGCGUUCAGCGGUGGGGACGUGGAGGGCGACGAGGGGUACCAGCGGGCGGUGGACGGCGGCACGCCCGUGUCCCGUGUCGCGUGCGCCGUGAUCCUGGACCAGGGGCUGCGGUCCGCGACGCAGCGGCCAGCGCCUUCAGCUACAAGAGGGAUGCCGCCUCGGAUGCGCACAGGAUGGUAGGGAUGAGCGCCCGGCGACAGAAGCAGAGGGGCAGCUUUUAAUUCUGGCUUGAUGUGUUUGUAGCAUCUGAUGCUUGAGCUGUUUUUU